AUGCCAUUUAAACGACCUCUUGGCGAACGAACAGCUGAUAACCAGAAUCUGCCAAAUUUUAUACGACCAUUACAAGACAAGCGCGUUGUUGUCGGUCAGACGGUCAUACUUGAAUGCCAAGUAGAAGGGCAUCCAGAUCCAAUCAUUAAAUGGUUGAAAGACGGUCAAAAUGUAACACAGUGCCCAGACUAUGAAAUAACUGUUGAUGGUGUAAAACAUCGACUUAUAAUAAAAAAUGUACAGGCGCCGGAUAGUGGAAGAUUUACAGCUCAAGCGAUGAAUGCUGUUGGAACGAAGCAGUCAACAUGCACGUUAAUAGUGGCUCCAGCACCAACGCCUAUUCCUGGCGUGAAAAGUGUUGCCUCACCUGGUCCACCACAAACACCUGUCGGACCAUCAUUACCAAUAUUUCUCAAACAAUUAAAUCACCAACCGUUGAAACCAGGAGCGCAAGUUGUACUCGAAGCUCGAGUUGUUGGUAAUCCAACUCCACAAGUUGAAUGGCUUAAAAACAAAUCUCCAUUAAAAAAUUAUCGAGCGAGGACAGAAUACGAUCCCCAUUCGGGUAUUUGUGCACUAAUUAUUCCACAAAUGUUCGCUGAUGAUAUCGGUGAAUAUACUUGCCGAGCGAUAAAUUCUAAUGGUAUUGGCGAAACCUCAUUACUACCUCGAGACGAAUAUGAAAAGUGGUUACAUGAAGAGCAAUCUUUAAUAACAAAAGAAAGGAAAAAAAAUAUGUUGCAUAGUUUUGGACGUUCUGUACCUACAACACAAAGGCAGUUACAACGAAGGACACCCAAUGGUAGCUCCGAUCCUGACAGUUCACCGUGGGGAAUCAGUGAAAGUGAAACUGAACCUGAACUAGCAGCGAUUGAUUUGCAUAAAAUUUGUACACCUCCUGUAAUUCAAAGCCCAUUACGAGGCUUACGUUUGACAGAAGGCACAGAUGCUAUUCUUCAGUGCACUGUAAUUGGAUAUCCUAAACCACGUAUAACGUGGCUAAAAAAUAGGAUUUUAUUAAAUCCAAAUAUUUCACAACGUAUUUCGAUGAUGUUUAAAGGUUCAACAGCAUUAUUAAAAAUCGCUAUGGUUUCCGUGGAAGAUAGCGGUGAAUAUAUGUUAAUUGCAGAGAAUAAUUUCGGUCAAGUAAGUUUCAUCAAAAAUAAUUUUAAAAAGAAUUAUUUCAUCUACUUUUUUUUUUCAUUUUUCAUAUUUUAA